GCGAUUUUGACAUGAGCACAUAAUAUGAAUAUUAAUCAGUGGGCGGGCCGAUCGAGAAAGGCCAGUCUUUCUUAUGAAUAUUUAUGAGUACAUCUCGCGCGAGUGUCAAACAUCAUGAUCAAGAUGUCUAGAUCUACUGGGAUUAGUGGGAACUCGGCUACGAGUACGACUACGAGUACGAGCUCAACAUCACCAUCAGGCCCAUCAAUAUUGUGGACUCCAGUAGACUCCGGGGUUGAGGACGAGAGUCUUCGAGGAUUUGUCCGGUCAUUCGACGAAGUGACAGCGAUCAUAAAGUCAUUCGAGGUGGCAUCCUCCUUUACUUACGUGAAAGAGUAUGAUAGGUGCUAUGGCCAUGAUGAUGAUCAUGAUGACCCUGCCCUGCCAGGCCAUGUGGUGGGCCUACUGCUACUGCUAGUGCUAGCGUUGGUACAGCCAAACAACGAAAGGUCCGCUUCCAGGACAUUCGGGAUAGUGUGAUCCCUGAGGAUGGUGUGCCGUUUUUGACUGAGCGGCAUAUCUCCUAUGCAUGCAUGUUCGGUCGAGACAAAAAUGCUGCAAGGAAAAAGAGAGGAGAGGAGGAGAGGGCAAGACUUCUUUCGGGUGACCAUCCUACAAAAAGACACUACAAGAAAAUUGUGGGAUCCAAGAAAAAGGGAUGUACAGCCGGAAUAGACGUGAAGCAAGUGACAAGAUUCAUCGACUACAAGGAUUGUAACUCCAAGUGGAGUAAGAGAAAAGCAAGUGAGGAGAUCAGGCUUGCUCGCCUUAGAGGGGAAACCCUUGCCUCUGAGAGAAGAUUCUACAUUAGGCUGCCAAGCAACGAGGACCACCAAAAGACACACAGUGUGGGCGAGCUUACUGGGUUUCUUAACCCAUUAAACAGUGAAUUGAGGAAGAAAAUACAUGAACUGGUGACACAUGGCGUCACGACAGUCAAGGAGAUGAAGCGCCAUCUGAGAAUACAUGUAGAGACUGUAUUAUUUCCAAGUCCCCAAUCUCGGCCACCAUGUACAAACUUGGCAUAUUAUCCCACCGAGAAGUGUCUUAGGAAUCACAUAUAUGCUUCAAUCGUGAAAUUAAGCUAUGCUACAAAUGUGGAUUGAGCAGUGUGGACAACUGGCGUAAGUUUUAUAGGUCCUUUGUCAUGCACCUUUUUACGCUUGCUGUGAUCCUUCAUAUAUUUUUAUCUUUAUUUCCAUAUUAUUUUUACUGCAUUAUAUAGUGCAAUCUCCAAUUUAGUUGUAUUAUAUCCUGCUUUCUGCUUUUUUUUGUGCUUUCUUAUUUGUGUACUCUAUCAAAUGAAUCCUUAGUGCAUAUGUAGUAGACUGGUGAUGGGUUUUUCAUUUACAUGGUGCUGGCAGCAAUUUCAUAGACUUUUAGUAUUUACUUUAACAAAAAUAAAGCUUUGCCAAUUUAUUUUGAUUACAUUGUGCUACUGCAAUUUUAGUUGGCUUUUGGCAUGACACAGAACUCUUUAUUUGACUGCAGUUUGUUUAAUAUAUUCCAGCCAUGUGUCCUGAAAAAAGUGUUGCUUUUUGUAUGUGUGUGCGUGUGCCAACAAAUUCCCUUCAACCCCCAACCCUUGCCCCUCCCCCAUGGUAAAUUUCAGUUGAGAAUAAUUGUUUCGUAUACAAGUACUUCCAUUUGUGUUCAUUUGCCUUGUGCUUCACAUGUCCACAGGUCUGGCUUUUAAGCAUGAACCCUGAAUACAAGUGUUAGAUUUGAAGAGCUAGCUUACUAUUAAAUGCUUUAACCAACAAGACAAUGUGCUUUGAAUACUAGGAGCUUUGAUUUCUUCUAUUUUUAUGUUUUACUAUUGCCCUCUUAAAAUAAAAAUUGUAUUGUGUAUGAUGGUUAUCACUGAGUUUGCAAAAAUUAGACACUUGUCGUUGGGGAUGAAGCUGAGAGAAUCCUUAUUUCAGUGAAUCAGACUUAUUUUUAUCAUUCAUUGAUUUUUUGAUUGAUUUUGUUUUAACUAUCAUGGAUCAAAAAAUAGAAAAUGACAUUUAUUUUACAUCUGCCAUUGAUUUUAUGAUUUUUGUUGUUGUUUGUUAUUAUGUUUUUUAUAUAGCGCUCAACACAUCGAUCCAACAGAUACAUUUUGUACAACAAUCAAAUUCCAUGAUCAUAUUAUCCUGGGUUAGGCGAUUAAAACAUGGGCAUGAUAACAAAUAAAAACUGCAAUGGAUUAGGAAUACAUCUAUUUUAAUAGGUCACAUAUAAGUUGAUCUAACAAGUGUCUGCUUUUGGCAUGCUAGGUCACAUGCUUGUACAUAUGUAAGUCUGCCACGAAUUGCAAACUUCUUUUCAACUUUUUUUUGUCAUUCUCAUGAUCAAAAUGUAUUUUAGCCUCUGACUCCUUUAAUUUAUAACAUUUCUGUUAUAAUUACCGGUAUUGGUUAUUUCUAUAUGCAGAGUGGA